AGUGGCCAUCCUCAAAAUGACGCCAUGCACAGUUCACUAUUUACGCAGCCUUGAAGCGCCUGUGACCUGGCAAAAGUGAGUGAGGCUGCUCCUCCCUCCUGCAGCGACUCCUUAGACUUAUAAGCCCUUUUCUGUCCUUUACUAACACCUCAUUUUCUGCCUGGAGACGCUCAGCACUUGUUGCUUACUGGAGAUCCACAGAUUAAAGUCCAACUGCGACAUUUUUCAAGGAAUUACCUUUUGAAAAACAUUCCACCCAGUCUGCUUACAAUUUUUGUUGUUUUUUUUACAUGCCUUCACUUCAGCUGCAUUCACCUGGAAUGAUUAUGUAACGGUGUUCCGCUGUAUUUGAUGUGAAAGCAUGGCUUGGUUCACUCUAAAUACCAGUAACGUCACCCUGGAAAACGCACUGUCUGGGGAUGAGCCACGAGAUGAGCGCUUGGCUCAGGUGGAAAUAGCCCUUCUGUCCGUCAUUUUUAUCACCGCGGGCAUCCUAAACUUCGGACUCUUGUUGGUGCUGUGGAAGGGGAGGAAGCAGCUCUCAAGAAUGCGCGUCUUUGUUUUCCACCUGUGCGUCGCGGAUCUGGUGGUCACAUUCUUCCAAGUUUGUCCCCAACUCAUGUGGGACAUUACAGACAGAUUCAUCGGUCCAGAUUUAUUGUGUCGCGCAGUGAAGUACUUGCAGGUGGUCGGGAUGUUUGCCUCCACCUAUAUGGUAGUAGUGAUGACAAUAGACCGGUAUCAAGCCAUUUGCAAUCCCAUGGUGACUUUCCAGAGACGCAGGGCGCGCUGGAACGGUCCGGUUUGCGCCGCCUGGUGCGUCUCUCUCAUCGGCAGCCUCCCACAGGUUUUCAUCUUCUCUCGGGUCGAAGUCGCUCCCGGUGUGUAUGACUGCUGGGCGCAGUUCAUCAAGCCCUGGGGACCGAGAGCCUACGUGACCUGGACCACUCUGGUGAUAUUCGUCCUGCCCAUUCUCACGAUGAUCGUGUGCCAGGUGCGCAUCUGCCGCACAGUGCACAUGAACUUCCACAUGAAGACGCACCACGGCGGAGAGGCGGUCAGUAAGUCGCUGUCCUCCAGGGCUAGCAGCGUGGCGGGCGUGUCCAAGGCAAGGGUGAAGACGGUGAAGAUGGCCGUGGUCAUUCUGCUCGCCUACAUCAUCUGUUGGGCACCUUUCUUCACCGUACAGAUGUGGUCUGUCUGGGACGUCGAGGCGCCCAUUCACACUGCAACCUUCACCAUCUUAAUGCUGCCGGCCGGUCUGAACGGUGCCAUCGUGUGCAUGGGUCAGCCUGAUCUGAAGGAGCCAGUGCAAGAGGAGGCUGCCACAGUCAGCUCCCUGUACAUCCGCCUUAAAAGCCUGUCAGACUGCAGAUAAAAGCUUGAUGUCUCAGAUGCUUUUCUCAAUCCCCGCUUGUUGAACAUGGUGUCACAAGAUUGUUCCCUCCUGACUAACACACAAUCCUCUAGUAAGUGUGGGGGGGAAACAGCAGAACUGCACAGCCUUGUAGUAACAGUAUAUUGUAGUUUGUUCUGUAACAGCUACAUCAAUCAGGAUGAGGUGUGAUAGGACUGCAAUAAAAUUACUAUUAUUACUAUUAUUAAUUACAUAACACAUACAGUACUUGGUUGCUAUAGAUCUUGUUAACCAUGUUGUGGUUCUAGAGCUGAUUGUCACUUUGUUGAUCCAGAAUGAAAUACCUCAACAACUUCUUGAUACAUCAUCAUGGAGUUUACAGACAUCCAUUAUCUAUAGACGGUGGACUGUAAUGGCUACUUUUUGUGAUCCCCUGACUUUACCUUUAGUAGAGUGUCAAACAUUUCACUUAUCCAGUGAAAUGUCUUCUCAUCAACACAAUACACCAACAAUGAUGUUCUACUGUACCUUUCAAUAUUUUGUUCAAACAUUUGUGGUUUCCAUAAGAUGUAUCCUAAUGUCUGAUCCCUUGACUUUUCCUCUAGUGCCCCAUUUGCAUUGCCAUGAAAUAUAAUUCAGGCAGUCUCUUUCCUCAGAGGAUAAACUGUAAUAAAUUAAUAAUAAAAUAUUCACAGUUUAACUUUGUGCACAACUUUGGGUUUUGACCAAAUCCCUGCAAAGCUAAUGGCAUUCCCAUCAGCCACACUUGUGCUGUGUUAAUUAGAAAAUGCCUACAUGCUAACACACUAAAGAUGAACAUCAUACACAUUAUAGGCAACCUGCUAAACAUCAACAUGUUAGCAUUGUCACUACAAGCUUGUCAGCUGUACAUUAGCAUUUAGCACAGAGCACCAGUGGGUCUAAGUACAGUCUCAGAGAUGUCCUAGCAUGGCUGUAGACUCCCGAGAUGCACUUUUAAUAUUGCUGAUGUGACCAGAACGGGUUGAGGCCUCAGCUUAUUCUUGUUUUACACGAAAAAUAUUUGUUCAACUUCACCACCUUUGGACUCUCACCGAAACACUGUACUGUUCAUUUAAAAGCCUUGAGUUAAGUAAAAUUUUAAGCAAGAGGGUUUCCACUGACACAGGUUGGUACUGACCUGAUUGUCUCUUAUUGAUAUUCAAAAGAAAACUUGUAUCAGUACCAUCGAUAGUUUUGGUAUUGAUCCGACCACCCCUACCAAUCACUACUGUGACAAUCACAACAUUGUACUACGGUACAAUGUUGUGAUCUACUGCUAGCAACAUUAGCACUGUAGCAAAGGAGGCACUAGCAUACUGUAUAAUGGAUCAAGCAAUGUGGAACACACAGCACAAGAUCUUUGUUCCCCCACUGUUUAGUUUAUUGGUGGCAUCAAACGUGACUCUGUGUUGACAAAACAAAUUUCAUUUAGUGAUACACAACACCAUAUGGAUCAGGUUAUUUUGUCAGGCAUAGCUAAUAAUCUGAAUCAUAAACUGGACACACCAUUUGCAUUACAGAUGCAUUGCAGAUGCUACUUCCAUUUGAUUGCAUGUAAUCUUUUUGAUAUGAUUUUGUGAAUGGUAUGACAUGAAUAAUAAUUCUCAAAUUUCCAAAAAAUGUCUGUGUAAUUUCAAAGUGUUGUAUUUGAAAGCAAACGUGGUUUACCUUGUAAAUAUGUCAUAGUUUAUAUGUAUCACAUGUCCUUUGAAUAUUAUUCUUCAGUCUACAACACAGCUUAUCUGUAUAUAUGAUCAUACUAUAUGUAUGCAAAUGGUACAGAUGUUCAUUGCUGGCUGAAACAGUCAGUCAUUGCAUACAGUAGGUCUGUGCUUGUUAAAUAUUGAGUAUCUUCACAUAUGCAGCAAUAUGUUCACUGUUAAAUGAUAUGACAUCAAAGACUUUCUCUCAGUCGAAGGAGUGAUGAUCUCUGAAGAGUCCAAAUAAACUGUUGUGACUUUUGUCUUUCUUUCCCAGCCACCCUGUCUU